AUGGGCGUGGAGCACUCAAUUGACGCGCGCAAUGCAGAGCAGAAUGGCCCAAGACGCUUCAGUACAUCCUGGACCGCCUGGAUGAGACCUGCGCAGAUCGUCAACGAUUUCCCCAAGUCGCCCGCAUCGUCAACCGCAGCACCAGAAGAGGCCGAUUCCACCCCCCGCCCCCAGAACCCGUCGCAGAGCCAAGAGUCGCAUGCCACCGACAAGGAGAAUGCACCGCCCACGACCCCUUCGCGCCCGGCCAUCCCCGCCUUUGCGACGACAUCCAACUCCACGGGCCUCCCGCAAGACGUCACUAACUUCUACUCUACCAUACGCGCAACCCUCUCCAAGAACUUCGCCAAGAACCCUCCACACACCGUACAGCGUCUGGCAGAGCUAGUCCUCGAGCCGAGGAGAAAGUACAAAUACCUGCCACCGUACCUGCGCGCGCUCGACCGUGUCGUGUCCGUCUCUUCACCACUCAGCCUGUUCCCUCUCCCACUGGCUGUUCUUCCCACUUCUGGCGGGCUGCUCAAUGGCACCACAUCCGCCAUAAACACCACCACCCCGACCCUCGGCUCCGACGAGUCCCUGGGAGGCGCACUCCUGACCCCCAUUCCAUGGCUUCAGAGUCGCGCGCAGAAUGAGCUGGUCUCGGAGAGCACAGAGAUCGUCGACGGGCCCAAUGGCGCCGGCCGCAUCGAGACAGUCACAGUAGGCAUGCUCACAGGCAGACAGCGCCCGGACGCCGCAGCCACACCCUCAGCAUCGUCGAGCAACACCGUGGCACAAAUUGCGUCCUCCCACCCCGAUGGCGAAUCACUGCCCUCUACUGGCCCCGUCACACAAGGCGAGCUACUGCGUCAGGAGCAGGAAGCAGGUAUUGUGCUCAACAACCCUCACUCGCUCACCACGAGCCCCACACGGACAACUUACGGAGAGACUGCAGGUGGUGGCACAAUCAUUGACACCGUUGAAGGAGAAGAGGAACCGCCACAUGCCAGAGGGCCAGAGAAAAUCGGCAUGGAAGACACUGGUCCACAGAAAGUUGCUGGCAAGUUGGAUAUUGAGGGGGCAGUUGGUAGACCAAGUGUUGACCGCGCAAGUAAGAGCCCAGGACCUGCUGGAGAAAUCAAGGAUGAGGACAUGAAAGAUAGCAGUGAGAAGACUGCGGAAGACAAGGAUGCUGAGGAGGAGAAAGCGGAGGUAAAAACAGAAGCCAGUGAGGAUGUGGAGAUGAAGUCUGAAGACUGA